CAGACAGAAGAGGAUGGGCGACGGAACCACCGCCACGAGCAACAGAGGAGGGGGCGGCAAUGGCGGCAGCGGCAGCAACAAGCCCGCGUGGUUGCAGCAGUACGAUCUGAUAGGGAAAAUAGGGGAGGGGACAUACGGGCUGGUGUUCCUGGCUAGGACCAAGUCCCCUUCCAACAGGGGCAAGUCCAUUGCCAUCAAGAAAUUCAAACAGUCCAAGGAUGGCGAUGGGGUCUCCCCCACAGCCAUACGCGAAAUCAUGCUGCUUCGUGAAAUUUCCCAUGAGAAUGUUGUGAAGCUUGUGAAUGUGCAUAUCAAUCAUGCAGACAUGUCACUCUAUCUGGCUUUCGACUAUGCGGAGCAUGACCUUUAUGAAAUCAUUAGACACCAUAGAGACAAGGUGACCAAUCCAAUCCAUCCAUACACUGUUAAGUCAUUGCUUUGGCAGCUGCUUAAUGGGCUCAACUAUCUCCACAGUAAUUGGAUCAUUCAUCGAGAUCUAAAGCCAUCAAAUAUCUUGGUUAUGGGUGAGGGAGAUGAACAGGGAGUGGUUAAAAUUGCUGAUUUUGGGCUUGCAAGAAUAUACCAAGCACCCCUGAAGCCACUAUCUGAUAAUGGGGUGGUGGUGACCAUUUGGUAUCGUGCCCCUGAGUUACUACUUGGGGCAAAGCACUACACUAGCGCUGUUGAUAUGUGGGCUGUUGGAUGCAUAUUUGCUGAGCUUCUGACUUUGAAGCCUUUAUUUCAAGGGGCAGAAGUCAAAGCGACACCAAAUCCUUUUCAACUUGAUCAACUUGAUAAAAUAUUCAGGGUGUUAGGUCAUCCCACACAAGAAAAGUGGCCAACGCUCGUGAAUCUUCCUCAUUGGCAAUCAGAUGUACAACAUAUUCAGGGGCAUAAAUAUGAGAAUCCUGGGCUUUAUAGUGUUGUUCAUCUCUCUCCGAAGAGUCCUGCAUAUGAUCUCCUCUCAAAAAUGCUUGAAUAUGAUCCUCGAAAGCGAAUAACGGCAGCACAAGCUCUAGACCACGAGUACUUUCGUAGUGAACCUUUACCAGGGAAGAAUGCACUGGUACCUAGCCAAGCAGGAGCGGAGAAAGUCAUGAAUUAUCCUACUCGUCCAGUGGACACAACUACAGAUUUUGAAGGAACAACUAGCCUUCAGACUUCUCAACCGGUAUCAUCGGGAAAUGCAGUUUCUGGGAGCAUGGCAGCUGGUCAUGUGGUGCCCAAUCGGUCUGUUCCUCGGCCAAUGCCUGUGGUUGGGAUGCAAAGAAUACCAGCUCAAGGCAUGUCAGCCUAUAAUCUCACAUCCCAGGCUGCAAUGGGAGGUGGAAUGAAUCCUGGAAGUAUCCCUAUGCAGCGGGGUGUUGCUGCCCAGGCCCAUCAGCAACAGAUGAGAAGAAAAGACCCUGGAAUGGGGAUGCCUGGCUACCCUCCGCAACAAAAAUCAAGACGUUUCUGAGACGAUGGAAGGUGCAUGCAAACAAGGGUUUUGUCCUGGAAAUGCGUAAACUCAUCCAAUACAUGCUAACAGUAGGCUGAGAUGGCUUGCCUCAAUUACUCGCCUUCCUGACGGUGGAUGCAUUUAGAAUCCCCGCAGUUGUUGAACAAGUACUUCUCGGAUCUGAUUCUCUGCCAAAGCCCGAAUGCUGUGAAUGCAUUUUUGGCUUCAUCCCUGAAGAAUGCUGGCUGGUGUUCAUGACAGAACUCUGUUAAGCCCAUGUUGUAUAAAUUGCAGUAGUUGGAGCCACACUGUAUGUCUACAUUAGACAUGAAUAAUUGAUUAACCAUGAAAAUUUGUUUGUAUCACUCCUCUUGUGUUUGUACAUGAGUGGGUUUUCAAUUUAGCUAGAAAAUAGAAAAUAUCAUAUCAUUGAUUUGAAGGGA